UUUGCUCUAUCAUAGAAAUAAUUUAAGUUUCUAGUACGUUAGUUUCUAGAAACGUAACCUCCAUAGAGGUUCACAUUUUAGUUGUAAUGGCUACCGAUAAAGUAACUUUAAAUGAUGCUCUAUCCAAUGUUGAUGUACUUGAUGAAUUUACAUUACCGGAUGAACAACCUUGUAUAGAAGCACAACCAUGUUCUGUAGUAUAUCAAGCUAAUUUUGAUACUAAUUUCGAAGAUAGAAAUGGUUUUGUUACUGGAAUUGCUAAGUAUAUUGAGGAAGCUACAGUUCAAGCUGCACAAUUUCUUAAAGUGAUGUCUGAUUCUCAAACAUUACAAGAAUCUCAAAAUUUGUCAAUGUUUUUAGCUACACAAAAUAAAAUUCGUGAUACAGUAAAAGAAAAUUUAGAAAAAAUUGCAGGAUAUGAAGAGUUACUUGCAGAUGUUGUUAACAUAUGUGUUCAUAUGUUCGAGACUAAAAUGUAUUUGACCCCAAAUGAAAAACAUAUGUUGGUAAAAGUCAUGGGAUUUGGAUUAUUCCUAAUGGAUAGUGAGCUUUGCAAUAUCAAUAAAUUAGACCAAAAAAAGAAAUUAAAAUUGGACAGAAUUGAUAGAAUCUUUAAAAACUUAGAAGUUGUACCGUUGUUUGGUGAUAUGCAAAUUGCACCUUUUAAUUAUAUUAAACGUUCUAAACAUUUUGAUGCAUCAAAGUGGCCAUUGUCUUCUUCAUCAAAUAGUAUAAGUCCACAAGCAGAUCUUAUGGUACAUCUUCCACAAAUCAGGGAAGAUCAUGUAAAAUAUAUUAGUGAAUUAGCAAGAUACAGUAAUGAAGUAACUACAACAUACAAAGAAUGUGGCACUGAUUCAGAAAAUCGAGAAACUGCAGAAUUAGCGUUACGUGGAUUGCAGUUACUUUCCCAGUGGACAAGUGUUGUAACAGAACUUUACAGUUGGAAACUUUUACAUCCUACUGAUCAUCAUAUGAAUAAAGAAUGCCCUCAAGAAGCUGAAGAAUAUGAAAGAGCUACACGUUAUAAUUACACAGAUGAAGAGAAAUUUGCUCUAAUAGAAGUUAUUGCAAUGAUCAAGGGAUUGCAAGUAUUAAUGGCACGUAUGGAAACUGUUUUUAUUGAUGCAAUACGUAGAAAUAUAUAUGCAGAAUUACAAGAUUUUGUGCAACUUACAUUACGAGAACCACUGCGCAAAGCGAUAAAAAAUAAGAAAGACCUUAUUAGGAGUAUAAUUGUAUCUGUAAGAGAAACUUGUGCAGAUUGGCAUUUUGGAGUAGAACCAUUAGGAGAUCCUGCAUUAAAAGGAAAGAAAGACCCUGAUAAUGGAUUUGGCAUUAAAGUACCACGCCGAAAUGUUGGACCUUCUUCAACACAGCUUUACAUGGUUCGAACUAUGCUAGAAUCAUUAAUUGCAGAUAAAAGUGGCGGAAAGCGUACUUUGAGAAAAGAUAUUGAUGGCCAGUAUCUUGUGCAAAUUGAUCAAUUUCAUAAAACUAGUUUCUACUGGAGUUAUCUCUUAAAUUUUAGUGAAUCUCUACAAGACUGUUGUGAUUUAUCCCAAUUAUGGUACAGAGAAUUUUAUCUAGAAAUGACUAUGGGUCGGAAGAUACAGAAAUGCCAAGUACGUCACCAACAUAAUGAAGAAUGCAGCGAUUUGAUCACCAUGGAGAAGCGCAUUCAGUUUCCUAUUGAGAUGUCUAUGCCAUGGAUAUUGACUGAACAUAUACUACGAAGCAAAGAACCAUCAAUGAUGGAGUACGUUUUAUAUCCACUUGAUUUAUACAAUGAUAGUGCAUUAUAUGCUCUAACUAUAUUUCGUAAACAGUUUCUUUAUGAUGAAGUAGAAGCUGAAGUAAACUUGUGCUUUGAUCAGUUUGUUUAUAAGCUUAGCGAGCAAAUUUUUGCUCACUAUAAACAGUUAGCUGCAAGUAUACUAUUAGAUAAAAGAUUUCGAGUAGAAUGUGUUGCAUUAGGAGCAUAUUUACUUCCUUAUCCUCGCGCUAACAGAUACGAAACUUUACUAAAACAAAGGCAUGUUCAAUUACUUGGAAGAAGUAUUGAUUUGAAUAAAUUAAUUACACAACGUAUUAAUAAAGAUAUGCAGAAAUCGUUAGAUUUAGCAAUUAGCAAAUUUGAAUCUGGUGACAUCACAGGAGUUGUGGAACUGGAGGGACUUUUACAAGUCAAUCGUCUUACUCAUAAACUUUUAAGUAAAUGGCUUGCACUAGAUGAAUAUGACGCUAUGUUUCGUGAAGCAAAUCAUAAUGUUUUAGCACCAUAUGGAAGAAUUACACUUCAUGUAUUUUGGGAGCUAAAUUAUGACUUUCUACCAAAUUAUUGCUAUAAUGCAGCAACAAAUAGAUUUGUAAAAUGUCGUGGUCUACAAUUUGUACAACCAGUACAUAGAGACAAACCUUCACAAAUGUCUCAUCAUUAUCUAUGGGGAAGUAAACAAUUAAAUUUAGCGUAUAGUACACAAUAUGGGCAAUAUUCAGGAUUUGUUGGUCCACAACAUUUCCGUACAAUGUGUAAACUUCUAGGAUAUCAAGGUAUUGCAGUAGUAAUGGAAGAACUUCUAAAAAUCGUCAAGUCUCUAAUUCAAGGAAGUUUACAUCAAUUUACUAAGACAUUAAUGGAAGCUAUGCCAAAAGUCUGUAAACUUCCAAGAUAUGAUUAUGGAUCUCCAGGAGUUUUGGGGUAUUAUCAUGCUCAAUUAAAUGACAUUGUUCAAUAUCCGGAUGCCAAAACUGAACUUUUUCAUAAUUUUCGCGAAUUCGGUAAUACAAUUUUAUUCUGCCUUUUAAUGGAACAAGCUUUAUCACAAGAAGAAGUCUGCGAUUUAUUACAUGCAGCACCAUUUCAAAACAUAUUACCUAGACCAUAUUGCAAAGAGGGUGAAAAACCAGAAACUAAACAAAAACGACUGGAAGCUAAAUAUGCAGCUUUACAAAUCGUUCCAAAUGUAGACAAUUUAGGUACAGCUAAGCAAGCAAUGAUUGCCAGAGAAGGAGACUUAUUAACACGAGAACGUCUUUGUUGCGGUUUGUCAAUAUUUGAAGUAGUACUCAGUAGACUACGUAGUUUCUUAGAUGAUCCUAUUUGGGUUGGUCCUCCACCUGUAAAUGGAGUAAUGAAUGUCGAUGAAUGCACAGAAUUUCACAGAUUAUGGAGUGCAUUACAAUUUGUAUAUUGUAUUCCCGUUGGAGAAACAGAGUUUACUGUUGAAGAAUUGUUUGGAGAAGGAUUACAUUGGGCUGGAUGCGCUAUGAUAGUAUUACUCGGCCAACAGAGGAGAUUUGAAGCACUUGAUUUUUGUUAUCAUAUUUUAAGAGUACAACGUGUUGAUGGUAAAGAUGAAAAUGUUAAAGGAAUACACUUAAAAAGGAUGGUGGAUCGGAUUAGGAGAUUUCAAGUAUUAAAUUCACAAAUUUUUGCUGUACUAAAUAAAUAUUUGAAGAGCGGAGAUAGUGAUGCAACAAGUGUUGAACAUGUUCGAUGCUUUCCACCCCCGAUUCAUCCUUCACUUGCUCAUGCACAACAACAGCAUUACCAUACACCAGAAUAUUUACGUCAAAUGAAUCAUCAGUGA